UAUUUAUCAUUCUCCACUAAUAAGACCUGUCUUUUUUCAUUGCUAAAAUAGGUAAACGAAAAAAAACCUGUACUGCUACGAAUAUUUGUUUAAGCGAACUUAAAACAAAAAAACAAUGAUAGAAAACGAUCGAUAGGCUAAAACACGACACGCACUCACCUCUAGCCUGGGAUUCAAAACACUCUGGCUGUUUUGUAUUUGUUUGUGUUCGCAACAUCUGGCAACGCCGUGCAAGCGAAAUAAUAACAAAGCGGCCGCACACCAAAAAAGAAAAACAAAAAAAAAGCCAUACGUCAAAUUCUCUCGUUUAUGCCAAAUGAUAGUGUUUCGGAACUGUGCGGUGCUCCUUGUAAUUGGCUCAAUAUGCAGUUUCAUCUACGGGAUCGGCCAGCUGCACGUGGAAGUGGAACCUAACGCCUGCCGCAUGACUUAUAUGUUUGGCGAGCCCAUGUUUGCGCGUGUGCACUUCGCGGCGAAUAAACAGUUCCCCAACUAUGGACUCUAUUACUACUACGAAAGCGUGCGCCGUGAGAGUCCACUCAAGAGUCGUAUGACCGGCGCCCCCGUAAUUUUUGUGCCCGGCAAUGCUGGCUCCUAUAAACAGGUGCGUUCCCUCGCCUCGGUGGCGUUGCGCAAGGCACGUGAACAUGUUGAGACUGGUGUGCAUUUGGACUACUAUACCAUAGACUUUGACGAGGAAUUGUCGGCUGUCUAUGGCGGCUAUAUGUAUCACCAGCAAAAGUUUCUCAAGCAUUGCAUACGCAGCAUUUUGACGCUAUACCGGCAACCCAGUCCCAUUGUGCUAAUUGGCCAUUCGAUGGGCGGAAAAUUGGCGCAAUCGGUGCUCACAGAUGCAGAGAUAAGUCAACAUAUCAAUGCGAUUAUUAGUAUAUCAACGCCAUUGGAUCAGCCGGUGCUCAAUUUAGAUGCCCAUCUGGGUCAAUUCUAUGUGGACACGCACACGCAGCUGAGUCGCACACGCACCGCCUCAAAGCCAACGAAUAGCACGAAUGUGUGCCAGAGCUUGCAUCAGAAGCAGUUGAGCGAAGAGCGCAUGGCCAGCCAAGAAUUGUCACCGAAGCUCGACAAUGUGCUGCUCAUCUCGACGGGCGGCGGCAAUCGUGAUCUCUUGGUCAAUGCAGGACUGACGAGUUCCCAGUUUAACGAUCUCCAUGCCAUGACUUCGGCCAUUCCACGUGUUAGCCUCAGUUGUGACCAUUUGUCGGCGGUUUGGUGUCUGCAGUUCAUGCAGGUCAUCAAUCGUUUCCUCUUCAGCAUUGCCCAGCGACGCAGCGAUGACACCGUCAUCUUUAGCGGCAACAAGCAGCGCAACAUGCAUUCUGCGCUGUCGCAUUUUGUGCGGCGACGACCACGUCAGCAGAGCUUGGUCAAUUUGCCGUCGCGCACCAAUUGGCAUGAGGAGCGACGACUGGUCAUCAACAAGUUCUUUGCCAGCGGCCUGAAGAGUCAAUACCAUGAGCUGAUUGGCCUGCAGCGUCAGGAGCGUUACAAGAAAAUUGCCAUCGAGGCGCUGAACGUGGAGAGUGAUGAGAACUGGCUGUUUGGCUGCGAGGCGCAACGUCACAACGACAAUGAGUCACUCGCUUGCGACAAGGCGACACCAUUGACCCAUCUGAUACAGCGUUUGCCCAACGCAGAGAUCGAGCCGCGCAGCAUUGCUGUGCUGGACUUGCACAAUUUGCGCAAAACGUAUCAACAGUGGUCGCAUUUGUUGGUACGCCUGCCACCGGGCAGCCAACGCACUGGCUACAAUCUGGACAUCUACGAUCCCAAGGAGCGCAUUGUCGAUAUACGCAUACCUCGAUGGUAUGCCUAUGGACGACGCACGGCAGUCAAUGAGACAUUGCAAGGCACGUUGCACUACAAGUUGCGAGUCGCAGAGCUGGUCGAACCUUAUCAGGGUUUGCGUGUCCAUGUCGAGCCGUUACAGUGUCUGCAGCCCAACUAUCGCAUCACAGCCAAACUCUGUGUGCCCUGGGCAGCUGGUUUUGAACGCUAUCAAACACUAACCUCGUCAGAUCAGAAACCCGGACUCUAUGUCAAUGUGCCCACGCUGAUGCCAAGGCAUUAUAAUACUUCCCUCAAUCCCGUCGUGCUCGACUUGUACUUGGAUCCCAUUUGUCGCUAUCGCAUCAGCUAUGAAUACUCUUAUGCGGAUGCCUUGUCCCGCAUUGUGUUGCAGUAUUACGGCUGGUUUCCGGCGCAUUUGGUGUGCGUUCUGCUGAUUGUGUUGCGCAAUCAAUUGGAUAAAUUUCAGCAGAUUGGCAGCUUCAAUAGCCUGAAGCCCUACAUUGGCUAUCUGCAGUACACAUCGAUCUAUUUGGUCACUGGCUGUCGGCUGCUCAAGAAGCUGAUACUCAAUUUGAAAGUCUUCCCGGAACCGGAGCCACUCGACUAUAGCAUUAAUGUAUCGAUCAUUAUACACUGCACCGCCAUUGGCAUCUCCAUUGUGUUGGUGCUGGGACUCUGGUUAGCACUGACGCUUUACGGACAUGUCUUUUAUCGCCUGGCACUGCGGCUGACGCGACUCUCGACAUCCAGCUCCAAUAUUUUAUUGUCGAUCAUGACACAUUUGCCAAUCACGUAUGGCAUUUUAACAAUUGGCGUUGCUAUUGGCGCCAGCAGCGGUCUUGGCCUGCUCUUGGCAUUUGUAUUUUACUUUUUGAUGCUAUCGAAUGCCUACAAAGAUUACCUUGAGGAUUUUCUAUGGCAAAAGGCGGCCGAUUUGGUUAAACUAACAACGACGAGCACACAAGAACAACAAAGCGAGGAGCAGACGACAGCGAAUACGGAGCAGCCGCUUUUCGAGCUGGAUGAACCCGACACGGAAGCCGAUUCCGAAGCAGAGGCGUUGCAAGAGGCACAGCCAGCAGCUGAGGAGAAGUCUGACGAGAAGGCGGCAGAAUUUUGCGUUGGCUUGCAGAACUUUCCCUUUCACGUCACGCUGCUGCUCAUGCUGUUCAUGCUCUUGUUGCUCAAUGGACCCACCACGCUUGCCUGGCUGCGUAGUCGUCGACAUGGCAUUAAUCUUCCAGAUCCGUCGCUGGUCACCAACGUCAUUGUGUUGGCCUCGUUGAGUCUGCUGCUCCAGCUGCGCGCACCACAAAAACUUCGUGGCUAUUGGAUAUUGUCGUUGGUGUUGUACUUUUGUGCUGGAUGCGUGCUCCUCUAUUCACAGGCGGCUGUCUAUCGCCUCAACUAUGUGAUCGCUGGCGCCUUUGCGCUGCUCGCCGGCCAACAGAGUCUAGGGUGUUUGCUGGAGAAACUCUUGCCCAAGUAUUUUGACUAGUCAUCCAAAAAAGAAAGACAAAACAAAA